CGGCGGGGAAAGUCCAUUUAAAAAAAAAAAAAAGCGCGGCUAUUCCACGCUGGGCGCCUCCCUCCCGCCGUUGUGGAUGGGACGGGGGCUAAGAAGGCGGCGGUGCCGCCCUAUGCCAUCUCUGGCGCUGAGGGAGGGUUCAUGGAACAGCCACUGUUCAGUGUCUGUCUUGGAGCGUAAUCGUACCAUCCGGCGAUCUGCAUACGUGGGUUUGUUUCGCCCGAUAAAUCCCGGAGGAGCCAAAUCUUAGCAAGGGACGGAAAGCAAGCAGGCGGCUCGGGUCCUCCUGGAAAUUGUUCCCAAAGGAAGAAGGGACGGUGGCUCUUUCAUUGCUACCUCCGCUUUUGCAAGUUCCCCUCAAAGGGCAUUUGUUGCUUUAAUUUUCUCUAUGUAAGAGUCCCUUUUACCUCUAAAGGUGCCUUUGCUAGAUUCUUAAAUAAUGCAGCUUGUGUAACAUCGCCACCGUUCCCUGGAAGAAUUGCAUCGUAGUUAUUAGUGUGCCAUUAAAGUCUGGGCACGUACAUUUGUGAAAACCGCUGCCGCUAAAGCUAUUUUUUUACAAAUGCAAAUGCAGUUGCUACCUGCAGUGGCCAGUCAAAAUUGAAAAUGUUUCCUGGUUGCAAAUUACAUUCUUUCCCCCUAACUGCAUCAAACUUCAAGAUACGGAAUGGAUAAUCAGACAGUGCUAGCUGUUCAGUCCUUGUUAGAUGGCCAAGGAGGUGUUACAGAUCCAUCAUCACAGACAGUCAACACAUCUUCUUCUAUCCAGUCCAUGGAUGACGAAGAUGUAUUUCUCUGUGGGAAAUGUAAGAAGCAAUUCAACUCGUUGCCAGCAUUCAUGACUCAUAAGCGGGAACAGUGUCAAGGCCAUGCCCCUUCACUGGCUACAGUUUCCUUAGCUACUAACAGUGUUUAUACCCCGUCCAUUACCUCAGUACAGCAGGCUCAGACCACCAAUCGUCAGAUCUCUACAUAUAUUACUGUUCCACCCUCUCCUUUGAUCCAAACACUAGUCCAAGGGAAUAUCUUAGUGAGCGAUGAGGUUUUGAUGUCAGCCAUGUCUGCUUUCACAACCCUGGACCAGCCAAUGUCCACAGUGCAACCCACUGUGCAGAGCAGCUUGAAUAUGCAUCCUGGCGCAGGAUACCUCUCUCAGCCUCCACCCCCCCCUCCACCCCCUCAGCCACCCCCUCCACAACCUCGAACCCUUGGAGUGCCAGGCCCAGCCAAUGCAGGUAGCAGUGGAGUAGCAGAAGUCUACAAUACAUCUACUUCCAUGUCUGGAAAUGGGACGGUAGAAAUACAGAAUCUGGGGAUGCAGCCAUAUCCGCCUUUGGAGGUGCCCAGCCAAUGUGUGGAAAACCCAGUGUAUCCUUCCCCUCCAGUAUAUAAUCCAAGCAAACAAAGCUUUAAGUCUAAAAGUGCUAAUGCUGCUGCUUCCUUGAAUAAUACAUGCGGAGGAAAUCUGACCAAUUUUGAUUCUGCUUCCAAGAACCGUCAUUCCAAACCAGACAAUAACUUGCUUGAAGGAAAGCCCAAGUCACCAAAACUGAAAUGUACAUACUGUGAUAAAGCCUUCACCAAGAAUUUUGAUCUGCAGCAACAUAUCAGGAGUCAUACCGGGGAGAAGCCAUUCCAGUGCAUUGUGUGUGGUCGAGCUUUUGCGCAAAAAUCCAAUGUGAAGAAGCACAUGCAGACACAUAAGGUGUGGCCACCAGGAAUUGGGUGUACCAUCUCUCGGAGCUCUGUCACUGUGCAAGUCAUGCAACUCAACCCCAACCAGCAGGAGGAUGAGGAAAAUGCAGGCUUAAACCAUGCUCCAAGAAGCAGUCCUCCACAUCCUCAAGCUCUGCCUCCUGGGGAAGAACAUGACGCUGCGAAGUUGGAAGCCAAGCAAGUGGUCUUGAUAGACAGUUCUUAUCAGUGCCAGUUCUGUCCCAACAAAUUUAAUACAUAUUUCCAGCUGAAAUCACACAUGACUCAGCAUAAACAUGAACAGGUGUACAAAUGCGUUGUGAAAAGUUGUGCCCAGACAUUUCAGAAGCUGGACUCUUUCUUGGAGCAUAUCAAGAACCACCAGGAAGAGCUGAGCUAUCGUUGCCACCUCUGCAGCAAGGACUAUCCUUCUCUGUAUGAAUUGGGUGUCCAUCAAUAUUCCCACAGCUUGCUCCCUCAACACAGCCCCAAGAAGGACAUGGCAGUUUACAAGUGUGUCAAAUGUGUAAAUAAAUAUUCCACGCCAGAAGCCCUGGAGCAUCACUUACAGACAGCAACACACAACUUCCCCUGUCCUCAUUGUCAGAAGGUGUUUCCCUGUGAGAGGUACUUGCGAAGGCAUCUCCCUACACACGGAGGAGGAGGUAAAUUUAAGUGCCAGAUCUGCAAAAAGUUCUUCCGCCGAGAACACUACCUCAAAUUACACGCACACAUUCAUUCGGGUGAAAAGCCUUUUAAGUGUUCAGUGUGUGACUCAGCCUUCAACAGGAAAGAUAAACUCAAACGGCAUAUGCUGAUCCAUGAGCCUUUCAAGAAAUAUAAAUGUCCAUUCUCAAAUCAUACAGGCUGCAGUAAAGAGUUCAAUAGACCGGACAAACUGAAAGCUCAUAUUUUGUCCCAUUCAGGUAUGAAGAUCCACAAGUGCCAAUACUGUAACAAAGCCUUCAGCCGACGAGCUCAUAUGAUGGAACAUCAGCGUUCUCACACUGGCAACUAUAAGUACCGUUGCCCUACAUGUAGCAAAGGUUUUACCCGCCAGAAGUACAUGAAGGACCACAAAUGUAGGCUGAACUCAUCAAAGGAUAAAGAAUUGGCAGUCAGAAAAUCUCAGAAGAAGUGGGGGGCACGUGGGCGGAAAGUGGGGCUUCCUCUUUCAGCACAGUUGGCUUUCACAGAACUCAAAGACACUACAGGUGGAGAGAGCCUUCAAAAAAGUGGUCCUAAUAAAGAACAAUUUUCUGAACCUGACACUGUUCUAUCCAUUGUGGUUGGCAGAUCAGCAGCAAAUUCAGACACUGACAACCCUGGCCAGCAUUCUGGCAUCUCACCCAACCUUUCUCUGACAGAAUUGCAGCCUGGCUCUGAGAGUCCAUGUGCCAUGCUGGCGGUCCCUGUUUACAUCCACACUACUGACUAAAUUGAUGAAUGCUAUGCUGCGUCCAUUUAGUAGGAGGGAAAGUUCCUGUGUUUACUGAUACAAAAGAACUGCUGCAGAGAGUGAGAAAUGAAUGGUGGUGUAUGUGUAUAAAUGUUUGGCUUCACUGAUGCAGAGGACAAUAUUCUUUUAAAGAAACGUGUUAUAAAGUGAAAUCAUUCCUCUCCUUAUCUGGAUGAAUUAAUUGGAAGAAGCUGUUAAAAACAGAUGGGGAUAGUUACCUUCUUUUCAUUUAAAGAUACUCAGUGCUUAAAUAUUCAUUCAAGUUCUUGAACUCCGAAUCUAAAUCACCGCAAUAUUUUUCACAUUUCUUGAUUUAAUUUUAUUGUUUCAUUAUGGAGCACUUAAAGCAAAUGGUGGUGACACCAAAAUGACAAAAUGUGCAAGAAAAUGUUAAUGUACAAAUAUUAGUACUUGCAUCCUGAUCUCUGACACAAUAUGCAAGCCAUGAAAUUUCUAUGAUAAUGCCAUCGCCCAUAUGUUACUUGUUCCCCUAUGCACUCCUAGGACUCCAUUUAUGGUUCUAUCCUAAAAUCUACGUUGCGCUUUCAAGAUGAAAGUUUAUUCAUAACGUGAUCCUUUGAAAACUUCAAAGACUUAUUCAUAAAAGUAUUCCCUUUCUCAGGGUGUAUUGGUAUGGGGAAGUAGUAUACAAACACAGUAGACAAAGGUGGAGCACCCCUCCCAAACUUUCCCAGAUUUGCCAAUACUGAGCAGCAGCUUUGGAAGGAAAUAACAUCUAAAUAUAUAAUUUUGAAAUGGGAAUAUCUCAGGCAUCUGGAUUUCAAAGAAAAAUGUGGAUCUUUCAAGAAUUGAGGGUUGCUAAAUAUGCACCUGCUAAGAAAGAACUAGGAAAGGGGAGAAAAGGGAGAAAAGACCAGCGUGGACUGUAAUAGUGUUCGUACCAUUUUCCAUCUAUAAUUGUUUGUUUAUUCAUUACGUUUAAGAAGGGAGCUUUUUAAGGCAAUAUUUAUCAACCUUGUGCUGGCUGGGGAAUUCUAGGAAUUGAAAUCCACACAUCUUAACAGUUGCUGAGGUUGGCAAACAAGUGUUCUAAGGUACUUCACUAGAAGUCUCAGUGACCAUGCACUUGUGGAGCCAAUGUAGCUUGAUCUUGUACCUUACAACCACUUAUUUGAUAGUGGGAAACAGUUGCAUCUUAGACCUGAGCAAGUAGUUGCUUCAGAUUUAUUAAAGACCAGAUUGAGAUAAUAAGAGAUAUGGAUGAUUCUAAUUUAAUGAGACAAAUAUAUUAGUACCAAUGGAUUACUUAUAGUGCUGAUGUUACAUUUUAUGUUUUUUCCAAGAUGUCCUGCAGUCAUGCUAUCCAAAUCCAAUUGUUCUUGAGUGUAUGCUGUCCAUAAGUUUCUGGAAAACAUGCAUUCUGUGACACUACAGAUUGUUAAAUCUUUGAGUCAGAAUUUUUGGCCUUUUGUGUACUUUUUAUCUGAAAUUCUAAAGUUGCUGUUCUAUCCACAGGAAAGGAGAGAACUUGAUUUGACUUCAAGAGAGGUAACUCAAAACCAUGGGCAUGUAUGAAGGAUCUCUUAUUUAAGCAGCUGCAGCUUUUUCAAUUUGCAUAACGGCAUUAGUGUAGCUCCUAGCUGUUUCUAUGUAUGUGUACAUAUAUUCCACAUAUGGUGACAGUUGGGAGUGGUUUCCAAAUGUGCAUAAAACACACAUUUACUUUAAUUAUUCAAAACUAGGUGCUGCAUGCAUACUUGGGUGCAUUGUGGCACAUAGUUUUGCACAGCAUUUAACUAAAGUACUAAACUGGUUUGUCUAAGUAAUGUGUCAAACUAUAAGUACUCCUUGCUUAGUGACUGCCUCAGUCAAUGUCUGCAGUUACAAUGUUACCGAAAAGGUAACUUUGGGACCAUUGCCCAUAUUUACAAUCUUUACGGUAUCUCAAUCAUGUAUUUGCCAUUAUAAUCAGUUUGCAUUGUCCUGUGUAAAAUUGUAAGUACAAUUGCAAUCACAUGAUUUUUCACUUAGUGAUAUCUUUACUUAAUGGCCAAAUUGGGGGUCCCAACAAGCUAGGUAUACAACACACUAAAACAAAACAAAACAGUCUAUGAUAUGCGGGUCCAGCUUACAUCUAUAUACUUUGAUGUAAGCCCCUCUAAGUUUAAUAGAAUAUUGUAGUUCCAUUUAAAAUAUACAGAAUUGUAGCUUCUAUGUUUCAUGCACAUGCACACUUAAUACCCAAUCCUUGUUUCACAUUGUCUCCAAGUCACAUUUCAAGAGUGUACCAUAUGAAAGUGAAUCCUUAUUUUCAAUUAUCAUUGCCUAUUAGAAUACCAAGAAGUUAAGGGGCUGGCAUCUCCAUUGAUCUGGUUUUCCUAUGCCCAUUGCUGCUUGCACAAUGAUGUGAAGACAAUACAGAGAAGUGAUAUAUAUGGUUUCAAAGUUUUAGCUGCAGUAAUUUGCCUCAGGUUGCCUCUCCCAAAACCAAGGUUGUACUCCCAGCAUAGGUGAUAAGCCAGUGUCAACAUCUUUCUUAACAAAAUUCAUUAUAAAGUAUGAAGUAUUAGUACCGCUUUAUAAAGCCUUAGUAAGCCCACAUCUGGAAUAUUGUAUCCAGUUUUGGUCACCACAUUACAAAAAAGAUGCUGAGACUUUGGAAAAAGUGCA